AUGAAGAUAUCUGAUCAUCAACAACGUGCGAUUUCAAUUUGGCUUAAAGAUAAGAACAAGAAACCUCAAGCGAAACAUCUGCAAGCACGAGCGGAUUUUUUGCUGAAGUAUUUGGCACGAUAUGCGAAAGUGAAGGAGUUGAAGGCGAAGAAGAAUCAGAGCAAAAAACAUGCGGGCGGCACAUCGAAGAAAUCUGCUGCUGCAUCUGCAUUGACUUCCGCAUCACCCACAACGGAGAGCAGUAAAGUGAAGUCGUCUCGAAAAGAAACAGGAAAAGAGCAUCAUCAUGAGAAGAAGAAGAAGAAACGAGAGGCAUCAAAGGAAAAUGAAGAAUUGACAGAAGAGCGACGAAAAGAAUCAAAACCACCCAAAAAAGAGAAACCAAAUGUGAAAUUGGACUAUCUGACGGUGAAUAAGUCGAAAUAUCAUAAAGAUAUUCAAAAUAAAUCAUCGCAACAAUUUCAAGAAGUGAUUUUUAUGAUUACUUUACUUUCAAACGUUUCAAACGAAUCUGUUGUGCAGUUUAUUUCCAUUUGA